CAAAAAAAAAAUAGCAGAAUAUCUAGAUCCUCAUUACAUAAAACCUCAAAGCCAUUUAAAAAUGUACGUCAUGGCUUGGGGAAACUAGUGCGAGAAAAAUGGUACCUACUUACUUACCAUGAUUAAUCAUGCAGUUUCCCUGUACGUCAUCAGAUCCUCUAGCCAUACUGACUGGUGUAUAAAAUAAGUGGAUCAGGUACAAGCAACACCAUUCGGUAAACAGAUUCAGUCCUGAACCGAACAUUUUUUUUCUAUAAAGUUAAGUAAAUAACUGUAUCUCAUCAAAAUGGUAAGGAACAACUUGGUGAGUUUCCGAAGGCGUGAAGGUGGGGAAAAACCAACCCCUGCUGGCGAUGGUGACUCCAGCGCCAAGCCAGCAGUCGUCUCUAAGGCGUAUAACAGUGUCUUGGAGUUAGUGGGCAACACGCCCUUGGUGAAACUAAACAGGCUGCCCACAGAAAAUGGAGUCCAUUGCGAUGUUUAUGUGAAAUGCGAGUUCAUGAACCCAGGAGGUUCUAUCAAGGACAGGAUCGUACUAGCCAUGAUGAACGAUGCACGGAAGGAAGGGGUUGUGACCGAUCAGACAGAGUUUGUGGAAGCCACAUCAGGGAACACAGGCAUCGGACUUGCACUGAAUGCGACUUUAAUGGGAAAUAAGUGUACAAUUGUAACUACAGAUAAAAACUCCUCGGAAAAAGUAAACACGAUGCGUUUGUUGGGAGCUGAUGUGAUUCAGACUAAGAAUGGGGCCAUCGAGACCGCCAUCGCUCGCCGACUGAAGGAUGAAAACCCAGACACUGUCGUUAUACUUAACCAAUUCGACAACGAAAUAAAUCCGAGAUCUCAUUACGAGACCACAGGAGAAGAGAUACUGGCAGCUCUAGGGAAAGUGGACUUCUUGGUACUGGGGGCUGGCAGCGGAGGCACUUUGUCUGGUGUGGGCAGCAGGCUCAAGGAACACAACCCAGAGUGCAAAGUGGUCGCAGCCGAACCCCACGGUUCCAUCAUGAUCAACAAGGACGGAAAUCCCCAUCCAUUUUUGGUUGAAGGUAUCGGAGGAUCGGAUGCGCCAAUUGUUCUGGACACGUCACUGGUUGAUCACAUUGAGGUUGUCACAGACAAAGAAUCAUUCUUAAUGGCCAGGGAACUGUCCAAAAAGGAGGGAUUAUUGUGUGGUGGUAGUAGCGGAGCUGCUGUGUGUGCGGCAUUCAAGGCUGCGAAGUCACUGAACAUUGGCCCUGGCAAGAGCGUCGUGGUCAUCCUGCCCGAUGGCAUCAGGAAUUACAUGACCAAGUUCGUCAGCGACCAGUGGAUGGAAGCACACCGGUUCUUGGAGCCUCCUGAGCAUACAAUGAAAUGGUGGUCAAAACCCAUCAGUGAAUUGAACCUGACCCGUCAAUAUCCCAAGCUGCCGUCAAAUAGCACGUGCCAGCAGGUCCUGGAGGCUAUGAACGAGACCAACGCCAACAUCGCAGUCAUUGUGGAUGAUAACGGACAUUACGUGGGAGCUGUGUCCAAAAACAAUCUUCGGUAUAGAGCGACGAACCCCACCAAGUUACCUGGCCAGGUCUCUGAGGAGUAUGACUUCCAGGACGUGGUGACUGACCAUCUCGACAAACACGUGUUCACACUGGCAGAUAAUGUUGAGUCUGAGAACACUACCAUCGGUCUCCUGUCCCGUGUAUUGGACAUCACUCCGUACGUGAUCAUCGUGGCGAAAGAUUCCGAUAAUAGUGCAUUCUGCACCCCAACUGAUGUGGUGACUGGCGAUGACAUCAUUGACCACAUCUUCGAAUCCUACAAAAAUAAUUAAUUUAAUAUCGACUUGUAUUGUAUUUUAAUAUUCUAAAAUCAAGAUCAAAUAAAAUUUAUUUAUUAA